AUGUUGGGAAAGUGGAAGUUCAGCAACAGCUCUGCAAAGACAACAGAGGCUAUGCCUCCAGUAGCAGCCGAACACAGAGUGCUGCCCAAUCAACAUGGGCACGACACCCGAGAGAGGAAAUGCGCGCGGAGCGGAUACUAUUUUUGUUUGAUCCAGUCCUCCCCAUUUCCAUCGUGCUAUAUUUUCAGAGAUAUUGGAGACUACGUCGUUGGCUGUAGCUGUGCAAACAAUACUUUUGGCACGCUUGUUCCAAUACCUCUUGGACGGUUCUUAGAGUGUAGAGGAAAGUGUCCUCAGUUGCGCGUUAAGGUUCGAGAGACUAGUAUUGCUCUACACCAACCAAGUUGGCUCCCGGCGUCUUCGACUGAAGUGGAUCAAAUCUUCACUUGUCAUUUUUUAAAGGAAACCGGGAAAGGCCUUGAGCUUUUUACACAGAUUGACUCUGCAGAAAAUUGCAGUUUCCGCAUGCUGCCAGUGAAAAUGUCUGAUCGACGGACGAUCAACAAAAGUGAUGGUCCUAUUUGUAGCUUUUCUCUACGCCGCGUCCUACUUGGGAUGGAUCGGCAGUUAAGCCGGUGUGCAUCAAAGGGAGCAGUGCACUCCCGUAUGGGCACCCGGUGUGCUGCGGCUACCAACCUAACGGAAUAUGAUGUGCCAAUUUCCUGCCGAUUCGAAAUCUUCCUUGAUGUGCGAUUGGGCAAAGGAGGCAACGGCGAGGUAUUUCUUGGGAUAGAGCGAAUGCAAGGACAGGCUGUGGCGAUCAAACGUGAACCGAAGGAAAUGCUGCGUCAUGAAUUUUCGCUCAUUCGCGAAAUCCGCCUGGACGGCCCCUUGUUGACGUACAGAGCACAAGACCCGCAUCCUACUAAGUUUCUUGGAUUGGUUGUACAUUCUGUCGCCGUUGAAGUGGGCAAUUCUGCAGUUGCAACAGCGAUUGCCCAUCACAGCGCAGUUGAUGAUACCCAUGAUCAUCUGGCGCUUGAAUUAGUCAAUGGAGGAGAACUACGGAAGUUCUUAAAGACUAAACACACCUCCGGCAUGCCGGUCGAGGUGGCCAGGGUGUACAUUUAUCAAAUUGUGUGCGCAUUGGUGCUUAUUCAUUCUAAAAAUAUUAUUCACCGCGAUCUCAAAACACAAAACAUCUUGGUGCGGCAUGGGGAAACAUUCCUAGCUGACGAAGUUAAGCUAAUAGAUUUUGGCAAUAGCGCGAAAGUCAAACCGGGAAGUAUUUUCACAAAGAAUUAUACGACCUGCUUCGCUUGCGCACCUGAGCAGUUCUUAUUGACGGGAAAAGGAUAUAGCUAUGCCAUCGAUGUUUGGGCUGUGGGAACUAUAUUCUUUGAGCUCUUGACUGGAGAACGUCUAUUCGAAUGUCUCAACAUCCACGAAGCUUCUAGGCAAAUUCCGGCAUUCAAGGAGAAGCAAGUGAAAGAUCGCCUGCCUUGUAUAAGGCAGGAUGCAAAAGACUUUUUACUCAAAUGUUUAACCAAGGAUCCACGGAAGCGACCAACGGCCCUUCAGCUCCUCACGUCUCCGUUCCUAUUCCCGUUACACAUCUAUCAAAUCAGAAGACGCAUCGAAACUACAGACGUCUACACGUCGUAUAUGAAAGCUUUCGAGAAAGGAUGGGGGAACUUGCAGCCUAUUCAAGAUGUCUCAAUGACGGAAAGCAUCUAUUACGACGGCGCCGCCGCGAUGUUCACUUCAGAUUUCACCGACUCCGACGCUGUUAAUGUUGUUUUACCCGUGUUCGAGUGUGUACCUGACUUCAGAUCGCAAGACCGUGGAAUUCAAAUCCACCAUUGGGCUCUAGAAAGCGACGCAUCGUUUUAUUUCAUCAAAGCGGAAGCAGGGGAGCCUGGUGCAAGUCGUUUUAGCACUUCAUCUACAUCGUUGCCGAAGAAUGAUUCGGUGCAAAGCUUUACGUCAAAUGGAAGUUCACAAGACUUUGGGGACAUCUGUUUGAGCCCUGGCCUGAACAAGUCACUUUCGGAGUGUCAAAUCUUUCAUUCAGCAAACAGCGCUCCGAAGUUCGGGCAAGGCAUACCGCAGUGCAGUCUGACAUGCUCAACGGCGUCGCUUGCAUCACCGAUGCCUCCUCCAUCCCUAGUAUAUGGGGGUGCUGCAGAUCCACUGGCGGGGAGCCAAGGGACGAUAGAGGCACUGGCGGAAAGAAUUGAUUCACUGUAG